ACCUAGAGUUAGAGGAUGAAGAUGAAAAUCUGGAAAAUGUUCGAUGUUACUCAAUGAAUAUAAAAGUAGAUAAUACUUUUACUCAACAAAAUAGUCAAAUAAUCCCUACUAUUAGAAUUGAACACAAUAGAAAAGCUAAAUCGACCUAUCUUGGAGUUUAUUUGAAAGACCAACAGAAAGAGUUAAUAAUCCAACUAUUAAAAGAAAAUCAAGAUAUAUUUGCUACACAAUUCUCUGAACUUCGACAAACUAAUGUA